AUGGUGAUCUAUGAGCUGCCGAGGAGGACGGAUACUGGCAAUGAUGAGUGGUUGAGGCAAUUCAUGAUGACCGAAGUUGAGAUAGCGGAGCAGAUUGAGGCCUACGAAUACAGUACGAAAACGGCUGCAAAUUAUGCCGAGGAACGACGAGGUCAGAAGAAAAGCCGACGUCUGCGUUGGCGGUCUGGAAGGAAGACUCUGGCGCCACACGAAUAUCGAACGGGAUCAAUCGUGCUCAUGAGAGCAUUGAGAGCAGACGAUAUCGCCCAGAUGAUUUCGCCCGCCGUAAUUCUCUUCUGCCAUUGUUCUCCCUCUUUCACUCGAAACUAUAGAUACCCCAUCAUUGCAACCCAACAUCCGCCCCAUGUCCACCUCCCCUUAAAGACCACCCGACUCCACUGCGACCUGACCACUCUCUCGCCUUUACCUUCCGAAGUCAUCUCCCUCAUUUACGCCUACUACCUGGCCCAAAACCCCCUUGAGAGCAAAAGCCAGUUCCUCGAUCUCCUCGUCCUUUCCAAGAAAGUCUAUUCAGAGAAUGCUUGGAGGCUGUAUGACGCUGUCGAGCUAAAUGAUCAGAAUCACAAGGCGUUUUUUGACGGGUUAUGGAGCGCCAGGGAGAUUGACGUUUGUGCUCCGUGUCCUCCGUAUCCUCCUUUUCUCCGGUGCGAGGCUUCUGCCCUCGCACGGGAAAUUGAGGGAUACUCUCAUCACAAACGAUGGUUGAAACGACCAUCCCACAUCCCGUCCGAGGUUCCCUACCAGAAUUACGAGCUCUACAUCGAUUGCUGGCAGGUCUUUGUCGGACUUCGAAAGGGAAACGAAUCAGUCCGGGACUUCGUCAAUGCGUGGACUCCGGGACACGACUUCCGUCAUGCCGAGGGAGAAGCUUCUCGCUAUACCUGGAUCUCAGACUCCUUCUUUUUCGCCGUCACCCAUCUCUCUUUCGGAAGGACUGUCUCAUUGGAUGCUCCCCACACUAGCGACGAGAGAUUUGCGCUCAAGUACAAGUCCUUCGGGCCGGCGCUCAAGCAUGUCUGCCUGAGCUUCAACGACACAUUUUACGAUCUGGAAGGCGAAUACGAGGAGGCAGCCCAACUUGGGCACCUAGAAGAGUCCGAGGUGGAUGAGAUGUCCUUGACGCUACACAACGCGUGGCCCGACGAUUUUGAGCCUGGGCUGGCCGAUACGAUGAUCUAUGAACUGCCGAGGAAUACGGCGAAUGGUGACGGUGACUGGAAGAGGCAGAUCGCGAUGAUGACUUGGGAGAUGGAGGCUUACAUGUUUGAGUGGGAAGAGCGGAUGCAAGAUGACAGAUUGGGAGCCAACGUCUGGCGACCCACGAUGAAACCAUGGAAGAUUCGAUUCACCAAUAUGGCGCCCAUCCCACCCAACACCGACAUCGUUUCGGCCAUUCUCAAUGAUUAUCCCCUCGGUCAAGAUGAACAUUUCGAUGGGUUGUUCAGGAAGUGGUGGGAAGAAGUCGUCAGCUUUGAGGGACCAGUGAAGUGCGCCUGCUGCGAGAUCUUCAGAAAAAGACACCCCAAAGUAGGCGUGCUUGCGUCUAAUGAAGGGAAGACAUUCUGA